CUUCCUCUUUACUUUCCUCCUAUUUUUUCUGUCUCACUUUCCUCAUUUUCUUCUUCCAUUCUCUCUAUUUCUCUUUUCCUUUCACCUCUUUACUCAAUGAUCAUAACCUUCUCAUUUUAAGUGAAUUCAAAGAGCAAAGUCAUUAUCACAAUCACCUUUUCUCCCCUUAGUUUCUAACUUCAUUUUCUAGUCUUGUUUCUUCUAUAUUUAGUAACAUAAACAUUCACUCUAGUCCCCAUUUUCCCAAGAAAAUUCCUACCCUUUUCUUUUCUUGUUUUUCCAAUGGAGAAGGGAAAUUUGUUCAUUAAUGAUAGUAACACCACAAUGGGCAACUAUGGACUUGAAAUUCAAGAAAAUGAGCAAAUUCAAAAUUGUUUUUUUAAUCCCAAUUGGGAAAAUUCUGAUCCAUUUGAGUCUGCAUUAAGUUCUAUGGUAUCAUCUCCAAAUGCCAAUAUUCCAAAUGGUAGUAGUACAAAUAAUAGUAGUGGUGACAAUUUUGUACUAAGGGAAUUAAUUGGUAGAUUAGGUAGUAUUUGUAAUUCAAGAGAAUUGUCACCAAAUUCCAAUAUGAUCAAUAAUAGUAGUACUAACAAUUCUUGUUAUAGUACUCCAUUAAAUUCUCCACCAAAAUUAAAUCUUUCUAUGAGGGGAAAUUUGUCACAUAAUCAAUUGCCACAAUUUAGUGCUGAUCCUGGAUUUGCAGAAAGAGCAGCAAGAUUUUCUUGUUUUGCUAAUAAAACUUUCAAGAGUUUUAAUGAAGCUGAAUUGUUGCAACACAAUAGACAAAUUGUAGCACAGCCAAAUUUGGAAAGUGGGAAACUUUCAAGAGUUUCAAGCAAUCAGUCUAUUAAAGUCUCAUCUGGAUCUCAAAUUCAAGAAUUCAAAGAUGUGAAUUUAGUUCCAAAAAACUCUGAAUUGGGAGAUUCAAGGGAAAAUUCUUCAGUUUCUGAGCAGAUCCCAGUUGGUGAAAAUGAUACCAAUUCAAGAAAAAGGAAAUCAAUUUCCAAGGGAAAAUCCAAGAAUGCUAAUGUUUCAUUAGGGAAAAAUGAAUCAAAUGCUAAAAGAAGUAAGUCUGAGGAAAAUAAUGGAAAUGAUAAAGCAAAAGAAGAGGAAAAAGCUGCUGAAAAAGAAGAAGAAAAAGCUGUUCCAGAGCCACCAAAGGAUUAUAUUCAUGUGAGAGCUAGAAGAGGACAGGCCACAGAUGCACAUAGUUUAGCUGAAAGAGUGAGAAGAGAGAAAAUAAGUGAAAGAAUGAAGCUUUUACAAGAUCUUGUACCAGGCUGCAAUAAGGUGACUGGAAAAGCUGUGAUGCUUGAUGAGAUUAUUAACUAUGUACAAUCACUUCAACGCCAAGUUGAGUUCCUUUCAAUGAAGUUAGCUACUGUAAAUCCAAGAAUGGACUUUAAUAUGGAAGCUCUUCUUUCCAAGGAUAUGUUUCAAUCUAGAGGAUCAUUGGCACAAAACAUGUAUUCAUCAGAAACUUCAGCACAAGCAUUUCCUUAUGGAUUUCAAUCUCAGCCAGGGCAAAACUUUCAUAAAGGAACAGAGUUUCCAUUUCCAAUAAACUCCUUGAAUAAUAAUUUGGCUAGAAAUUCAAAUAUGCUAUUGCCUUCUCUAGAUGGUUAUGUUGAAUCUACCCCUCAGGUCCCCACAUUCUUUGAGGAUGAUCUCAAUAGUGUUGUUCAAAUGGGCUUUGGCCAAAAUCAGAACCAGAGUUAUCCUGGUAAUGUUCCUAUUUCACAAAUGAAAGUUGAGCUAUGACCAAAAGAGCCAAAAAUUGUUGAAUUCAUUUGAGGCCCCAAAUGAGAGAGGCUUCUGUACAUAGAGAGAUAAUUGGCAAUUCAGACUUAUUCAGAGCAAAUUCAGAUUAAAGAAGAAGAAGAAGUAAAAAAGAAGAGAUUUUUUCUCUCUUCCAAUUCUUGAUCUAUUUAGUGAUUAAUUGGCUAAUUUUGAUUAUUAUUAUUAUUAUUACUACUAUUUUUUCUUUUCCUAUAUGGAAUUCUUACUACCAAAAUUGGAGAGGCAAUUAUCAUACUCCUUUAUGGUGUUGUGAGAACUCUACCAAGAUUUGCACUUGUAAAAUAUAAUUUUAGUUUCAUUGGUAAGAAAGUAUGUUAGAAGAGUUGAUGAAGAUGGAUAUGUAUUUUUUUACAUAUUUCUUACCAUUCCAAUUUUUUAUCACUAAUUCAUUGAAGACAAAUUUGUUACUUGUA